AUGGAGGAGUUAAUCCCGAACUUGCGUGACGAGCGCGUGCAGGGCGCCGUGAAGAACCUUCUCGCGUACAGCCUCGUCAUCUUGAUUGUGCCCUUGUCCUCCAUGUUCCUUCUCAAACAGUACUUUUUCGAAGGUUUAUAUUAAUUUUUAGCUCGUGUUUCUAGUGAAAAUAGCUGUAGGAAGUGUAAUCCAAUUUUUCUCGGCUUGAAACGGCGCGGUUUGUAAGCGAAGCGGUUGCGAUGCGGUUUGGCGCCAAAUUGAAAACUUAACGCUUUAGAACGCGUUCAUGGAUAUUAGAGGACUACCUUUGAGUGUUUGGUGUAAAUUAUUGAUUAACUCUAUAGGAAACUUGGUUAUUUUUGACCUGGCGCCAAAAAUGCCGCAGCUGUUUCAAGCCGAGGAAAAUGAAAAAAAAAAAAUCAAUCCCACAAAUUUUUUAAAUCGGUUUUUUGCUCAAAUUCGAACAAAAAAAUUGUCAAAAUGUAUGUUGAUCUUUCUUGAUUUUUAGAUUGCUGAGAGAAUAUUUUUGCUAAUUUCGAAUUUUUAAUCGAGUUUUGGAGCAUUAAAAGCGUUUUUUUAUUUGGGCGAAUUUUUCUGAAAAAAAUUACUCAAAAAAAUGUUCAGGAAUCUGAAAAAAAAAGCGUCAGAAAACGGAGAAGUUUGAGCGUUUUUGUAGUAUUUUUUUCGUUUUUGAAAAAAAUAAAGAGAAACAUUUUUUGCAGCGUUCCUGGGCCACACGCCGAACGACUCGUUGACCUACUCGGCCGUCUGCGCAGUUGUUCUGGUGCACGUCGUCCUGAUCGCCUGGAUCCUGACGGCGACCAAGAAAGAAGAAAAGAAAGCGGCUCAGAACAAACAAGACUGAGUCAUGCAGCAAGAUCCUCAUGGUCAGUUCGAAGAAAUAGAGCCAUAAAAAAAAUAAUUUUGAGACAUUUAUGCCAUUUUUUGGAGUUUUCGGGGGCAAAUAUGUGCUUAAAAUUGCAUAUUUUUCCCUAAUAGGAAGCUUUCAUUAUGAUAGAUUUUCUAUAGAAGCAAGGGAAGAAAUGCGGAAAAAAAAGGAAAAAUGCGCAUUUUCGUCCAGAAAUCUGUUUUGCCGAAAUUUGCAAUUUUUUCAAAGAAUUGAACUUUUCGAAAAAUUUCAAGUAGACCGUUUUACAUUCAAUGGAAAGCUGGAAACAUUGAAAUUAUUGUUUACAACUUUUUUAUGGCGUUUGAUUGAGUUGUACCUGAUUUUCCCGCUUUUUACUAAAUAUUUAAAAAAAUUGAACCUUUCCCGAAGUUUUCAACUGGUUUUGCACACUAGAAAAAGACGAAAUUAUUAUUUUAAAUCUCUUUAUUUUUACUGGCCAAAUGCUUGUUCAUAAGUUAUUAAUAUUUUUGACUUUGUGUUAGAUUUUUAUUAGGUUUUCAAAAAAGAGAUUUCGUUUUUCGAUGCUUCAACUUUGACAAGUAGUUUAGGACUCCUUUUUGAUAAUUGAUUGUUAUAUAUCAUCAUGAAGCUAGAUGUCCGUUUCUCAAACUGUACGUGAUGGAUUUUCAUUUAAAAUAAAAUGGGUGGAUUUGGACUUAAAAAGUUGCGAUUUUGAGAAAUGUCUCUAAAUUCAACUCGAUGUCAAAAAUGCAUUGAUGAAUUUUUGGAACGUCAGUCUUUUUAUCUUGAUAUCUUAAUUUUUUUAUCAUAGUCAAAGGUUCAAAGUUAUUCAUAAAUUUUAGAUCAGUCAAAAAAUUGCUUCCUGAAACGUGUUAUGACUGUUUGAAGUUAACCUUUGUGAAACGAAAUCUGUUUCUCGACAACCUAACAAAAUCGAAAAUUUUUUUAGUUUUUGACACGGUAGAAAGAGAUUAUUUGAAACUGCAUUUUUACUUAUUUAUGAAUAUUUUUUUCAGAUGAACCUGUACAUUUGGGUUUUCCCGUUUCAUUGCCUCCCAACGAACUAUUUCGCUUACGCUCUCAAUUUCUGCCGCUGGGCAAAGUCGGCGGCAAACCGUCGUGGCUCAACCCAAAAGCUCUCCCUCACAGUAACACUUUGAUUUGUAAGGUUGUGCCGUUUUGUCUCCCGAACCGUUGGCUAAUAAAUGUUUUGUUUAAGGUCUGCGAAAAACCCAUGUGCUUUCUAAUUCAAGUGUAUGCGAGUGGGCCGAAUGAGCCCGAACACUCGUUCCAUCGCUCUUUGUUCGUCUUCGUUUGCCGCAACCCCAAGUGCUCCAAGGUAUCCGUUUUGGGAGUGCCGCCUGGGGUUUUUCUAGAUGUUUGGAUGGUUUCUAUUAGGAAAAGUCGAAAAAAUGGUUUUUCUUGUAGCUUUUUGAGUAAGAAAAAGCUUGAAAACUGGUUUUUAUUGUCAUUUUGGAAGAUUUAGCUAGUUUUCGAGUAGGAAAACACUUGGAAACUGAUAAUUCUCGUGAUUUUUGAAGUUGAAUGUGAAGCAUUCUAUAAAUUGCUUUUUCAAAGAGUAAAACCCAAAGAACUUUUUAAAUUGCUGCGUUUUGUUCUAGUAGAAAUUUUGUUGGUUUUAUUUUUGAACAAAGCUUGAAAAUUUGACUUUUCUGGAGGGUUUAAAGCUAUAUGCGGUUUUUGAUUAGAACAUAGCUCGAAAACUGGUCAUUCAAAGUGCUUUCUGAAGUAAAAUGUGGGUUUUGACUGGAAAAAGCUUGUAAACUGGUUUUUCUUGGUAUUUUUUAGCUGUGCAAGAAGUUUGAAAGAUCUGGGAUACGUUCUUCUAGGUAUUCAGCUGGUUUUUGAGCAAAAAAAAACCUUGGAAAACGUUUGGUUCUACCCGAAACUCAUUCAGAAAAUGAAUGUUUUUUCUAAAAAAACAAUUCAGAAGUUUCGGCUGGUUUUUUAUAAGAAAAAUGUUUGAAAAUUGGUGUUUUGGAGCUGGAUCGUAUAAGUUGUAUGGUGCAAUUUUUGAAGUUGCAGAACACAAGAUAAAGAUCAGGAUAAACACUAAGGGUUCUAGUGGGUAAUUGGCUGGUUUUCAAGUAGGAAAUGGAUGGAAACUGCUUUUUGUGACGAUUUUUCUGAAAGUUCAUCUGAUAGUGAUCGUAGAGUUUUUUUUUUUCUAAUGUCCGCGUUGCGUUUUAGGCGCAAAUAGAGAUUUGAAUUAGAAAAAUGCCCGGAGUUCACAACUUCAUUGUCGGUUUACUGCUUCUAUUCUUUUUUCAAAAAUUGUUUCGAACAUUCCUUAAAGGCAUAGGGGCAGUAAAAAAUGGGGUUUCAGGUGAAAGCAGUAUCUUAUAUAGUUUUUCUUUGCGAAUCGAAUGGUGUACUCAAAAAAAUUACAGAUGUGACAACUUUAGAAGAAAAACGCGAUUUUACUUUCCCGCCUUUGUUUUUGAAAAAAGCUUUGAAUCGGUAUGCAGACAACUGUUUACACCGUGCACGCGAUGUUGCGGACGUCUCAUUAGACUCGCAUUUUGUGUGAAAUAACCGGAUAUCUGUUUCAAAUGAAUGGUUUCUUUUCUGAAAAUGAAUUAAGAAAUCAAAAAAACACACAUUGAUAAUAAGGGAAACACAAAGUGUCGCAAUCCCAAUCGAAACCUGUGUUAAAUCAUCAUUUUUACUAGAAAAGCAUUUUUGCGAUUAAAGCUUGCAAACUAUACACGAAUAGAAAGUUUUCGUGACAAAAAGAACUUUGGUAACAACAGAAAAAAUUGAAAAUUGAAAAAAAACGAAGAAAAAAGCGAAAAUCCGAAAGAUGGCGAAGCCUGUUGUCCAUAGAGCAACUUUACAGCAAAGCGCCCUUUUUGCGGGAACUCAAGCAUUCCUCUCUCCGACUUUGAAUUAUUUUUUCUCCAAAACUAGGAACUUCUGUACGUUUCCAAGUUCAAGGUUCCAUUCGCAAUGAAAAGCUUUGAACUGAAACACCGUUUUUUACUGCUCCUAUGCCUUUAAAGUAAAAACUCAUCGCAUUGCUGCGCUAACUAUUAUUGGUAGAACAAAAAACAGUGGUCUACAUUUGGAAAGUUCUUUAAAUCACUAGAGGCCUAAAACUUACGAAUAAAGACGAAAAAGGUUAUUUAAUGCUUUAAAACUGCGUUGAUGAGUUGCGACAGAUGAAAUUUUUUCAAAGAGCAGAUUAGUACAAAUAUUACCUCUUUUCGAAGACGUCUAGUGAAUCCAAAACAAUUUUAAGCCGAACGACGCCUCCAACAUGGCCGUCUUCCGCUGUUCCUUACCAAGAAAGAACGAAUUCUACUCUUUCGACGGGCCAAUGGAUCCGGAUUUGGACGGCGACGUCCCGGAUCCUCGUCUCCCGCCUGACGGCCCCAAGCUGUGCUCCUUGUGCGGCUGUUCUGCUACCAAAAAAUGCGCCAAGUGUCAGAAUACGUGGUUCGUUUGAUGGCUGGGAUUGGGCGGAAAGUAGAUUUUUCGACCAUUUUACAGUUUUUGACAAAUUUCAAAUUUGUCUUCCGUUGCCCUUGUUGAUUGACGCGCGCUUGCUACGAUAACAGAAAACUUGAAAUCCAUUUUUUCAAACUUUUUUAAGUUUUUUCGUUUUUCAAUCGUAUGAAGACCAAGAAUAAGCGAAAAAGCAGAUUUUUUUAGCCCAUUUUUCUGAGAGGGCGUUUUUCAUCUGAGUUUUUAAAAAAUAAAAUUUAUGGUUGCUUCAAAAUUCGAAUUUCCCAGCUUUUCGAAAUUCAAUUUAUGUUUUUUAAUCGUUGAUUGACCCCUGAAACAAGUUUUAAGAGGUUCACAUGAAAGACGACCAUUUUUUCAAUCCAUUUAUUCAUUUUAAGCUUCAAAUUUCCCUUUCGAACCCUUCAAUUUUCCGAAAAAUGGAAUAACGUUAGGUACUGCUCUAGGGACUAUCAAGUCGUUGAUUGGGCUCUAAAUAAUACUUUAAAAAUUCAACCUGAAACCUGAAAAAAGUCGUAGUCCACUCUUUAAUCAAAAACCCAUCAAUUUCCCGAAAAAUGGAACGAUGUAGGUACUGCUCGAGGGACCAUCAAGUCGUCGACUGGGCCUCCCACAAAACUUGCUGCGGCGUCUUUCCUGACGAGUCGGCCGAGCAGCCGGAGCCGAGUAACCCGGCCAAUCCUUUCGUCUUCAAGGAGUUCGGCAUCGAACUCGACCAGGAGUACCUCAACAGCGACAUGUUCGAGGAGUUGAGCGACGACGAGGACGACGAGGAUGAGGAUUGUGUGGUGAAUUUUGAGAAAAUCCCAUCUGAUUUUUUUGCAAAAAGAAAUGAUACACGAUUGGCUUCAAAAAAUGUGUCCUGACACGAUUAGAAAAUUGAGACAGUGUCUGGUUGGGGUGAGCGCAGACAGGCCACGCCCCUUUUCAUCCAAAGCUAGCCGGGAUGUGCUAUAACUUCUUAAGUUUUUUUUUUCCAAAAAUUGUUUUUUGCAUUCUAUUGAACUUCAUAUAAUUGUCUUGUAGUUGAUUAUUAGUGGUCCCUUUAGGGUAUUGACACUUUAGUGGCCAUUUAAAAGAAAACUGCUGUAGUGGAUAUUCAGAGACAGAGUAAUGACCUUCAAAGAGGUGGUUUUAGUGGCCACUAUAGUGUUCUUUUCAAAAGCUGAAGUGGCCUCUAUAGAGGUGGUUUUAGUUGCGACUUUAGGGGUUUUUUUUUCAAAGCGGAAGGGGCCUCUAUAGAGGUAAUUUACUCGAGUAACUUCUCAAGUGGCCACUUAAGUUGUUCACAGAAAUAAAUUUAUUAAUUUAAUGAAAACCUUUUUUCCUAGGAUGACGAGACGGAUGAAGAUCGGAAGCGCCGAAUGGAUGAAUUCAAGAAAUUUGCCAAACAGAAUGAGGUUUCCUGUCUUUUUCUCAUUUUUCAAUGUGAUUUUGGAUCUCUAGAGCAACGCCAACAUGACGAAGGAGGACUUGGAGGCGGCGACGGAGGAACAGAAAAGAGAUGGCGAAUUCGAAAAGUUUAACCGGCUGGUCAGCCUCAACCCAGAGCAAAUCAUUCGUUAUAAGCGUUUUGGUUGGUUUUUACAGGAAAAAAAAGUUUUUGAAAUCUAUUUUCACCGCCUAGUCGAUUCCACCUGACUAAAACAACCAAUAAAUAUUGAUGAUGAUGAAGAAAUUCAUAAAUUAUCGUCAUUUUAUUCCCCAAAUGGUUCUCAUGGCUUAGAGAAAAUUUUAUUGGGGCAAAAAAGAUGAAGUUUAGCUUGAAAAAUGAUUUUAAAUUCGUUGAAAUCUGCUAAAAAUCAAGAAAAUUAUGAAAACUUAUGAAAAAGAAGGUUUCAAUGAAUUUGAAGAUUUUAUCAGCAAAAAAAAAUGAUUUUUGGUUUUAAAUUAAUCUUUGGAACUUUUUUUCCGAGCUAGGAGAACUUGAUAUAUUGUCCGAAAUUCAAAUCAGCCGUCAGAGAAAGAAAAAAAUAUAACCGAAUUUUUGGAGAGUCAGAGAUAUUUUUUUGAGCUUGAGAAACCUAUAAGUAAAAUUUUUUUCGAAAAAUCAGGAAUAAUUUUUUUCAAGGGUUUAUGAGAGCAGAAAGUGACCUUUUUUUUCGAAUUUCUCGAUAAAUUUAUGAUAAGUUUUUGUACCUUUUUUUCGAUAGAUGAUACCUGUGAGCUUCUAUAAGUUUUUUGCGAAAAGUCGAUAUUUCCAGGGGAACCAUUACCGGCUACCUGUCAAAGUCCCUUGCCGGAUCCGGAAAGCGUUCCUCCCUGCGAAAAUUGCAGCGGUCCGAGACGUUUCGAAAUGCAGCUGAUGCCGCAUUUGUUGUCGAUCAUUGAAGUCGAUGCCAUCGGUAAUUUUCUUUUUUUCGAUUUUUCAAGAGAAAUCGGUGAAAUAUUUGAGAGAAAUUAGUGAAGCAUGCGGAUUUUUUGGACUGAAAGCUUGUGAAAUUUGCCUUUUUGGGGGGUAUGAAAAGAACACCAGCGAAAAUUGAAACGGCGACUUUUCCGAUUUUUUCAUAUCGCUAGGGAACUUUCCGACGGCCGCCUUUCCGACGAAUCUCUUUCCGACUUUUUUUCCCUUAUGUUUUUCGGUUUAUAAGACAUCUAUUUACUUUUUUUCCUAUGUCUUUGUGUUUUAAUCAUGAAUAAACUACCUACUUUAUAUAGGAAGAUUUAAAACGAAGAUUUUAUCGAGAAAAAAAGUCGGAAAGGGAUCCGUCGGAAAGGUGGCCGUCGGAAAGUUCCCUAGCGAUAUGAAAAAAUCGGAAAAGUCGCCGUUUCAAUUUUUUUGCUGGUGUUUUUCAUACCACCCCUUUUUGCUAGAAAAUACGGUGAAAACUGCCUGAAAAUCUCGCGAAAACGAAAUUUUAUUCGCUUUUCUCAAGUUUUUAGAACCUUUUCAAGCGAAACUGUUGAAAAAAAUUUGAGAAAAAAAUGAGCAAUUCCCUGAUGUUUUUUUUUGAACUGAAAGCUUUAAAAAUUGCUUUUUUUAACAGUAAAAAAAUAUACCGAAAACCUUGUGAAAUCAAAAUUUUAUUCGCUUUUUUUAAAAUCACAACCUUUUCAAGCGGAUCUGAUGAAGGUUUCGAGAAAAAAAUGAGUAAUUCAAGAAAUUUUUUUCGAGCUGAAAGCUGGCAAAAUUUGAGUUUUUUUGCUAUAAAAUACAGUGAAAAAGGGCUGAACACCUUGUGAAAACCCAAAUUUAUUCAUUUUUUCGAAAUCAGAAUUUUUUCAACUGAAACUGAUGUAAAUAUUGAGAGAAAUUAGUGAAUCCGGAUGAUUUUUUGAACCGGAAUUUUGUAAAAUUUCGCGUUUUUCCCUGAAAAAAUCAGUGGAAACCUUGUAAAAACGGUUCCUUAUAAAAGUUUUGGAUGAAAAUUAGGAUAUUAGGAUCUUUAUUCUUCUAAUGAAAAUGAAAAAGUGGACCAUAUUGCUGAUUACCGUUUCCGAAAAAUAGCAAAGGAAUUUUCGAGUAUUUUCCAACUAUUCUCAUUAGUGAAACCGGUGAUUAAAUUUUUGCCCUUUUUGCCCUUUUUUUAAACUUGUUUGUUCGGAGGAAAUUUUUAAAAAAAGAAGCAAAAUAGUCUCAUUUUUUUGAGCAAAAUAGUCUCAUUUUUCCUUGUUCUUAGACGAUUUUUAGUAGGAUACAUUUUGAAGUUUUAUUGAGAGUUUUGAAGAUGAAAUUAUAGUUUUUUCGGAGGAGAUUCGAAAAAAUAAGCGGUUUUUUGACUUAAAUUCGAGCUGAAAGUUUAAUUUUGGAUCUUUCAGGACAAUCGAUCGAUUGGGCCUCGGUUUUCAUCUACACUUGUUCGCAAAGUUGUGAGGUUCCCGAGUCGGGCUACGCCAAGGAAUUCCUCGCCAAACAGGACUUUUCCUGA